AUGGCAACCUCAUUACGGGACACUCUGCUCGCUGGGAUUGCCAAAGAACGAGUCACCGACAAGACUCCUCCCACGGCUGGGGAUGAGCUGGAUGCCGACAGAUGUGUACCCCUCCACAAUGUGUUAACACUGUACGGCUGGGUCUCUUCCGGCAAGAAAAUCUCAGAACUGAGGAAGCGAACAUGGUGGAGCACACACGGGACACCUGAACUGGAGAAAAUCCUUCGACCCAAAUUACGGCGAUAUCUGUCAAAGAUCUUCGAGGUGCCGAAUUACAACUUCUUCUACCAUGUUUCCGGUCUGGCGUCGCCCAAGCACAUGCUGCAACUAGCGGAUGUACUUGAAGACGACGACCAUGUGGAGAAACCAGAGGACAAAUACCGAUUCGUGAUCCUAUACAAGACCUCUGAGCAUUUGGUCUCGCAGCCAGCAGGCAUAGUGUUUGACCAGCAGACGAGCAAGGCGAUUUUGAUGCCCACUUAUCAUCAUUUAUUUGACCUAAAAGGUGCUGACCUACCAUGGCAAAACCUGGAGACGAUCUUGUCCGCGUACGUUGACAUGAUCCAAAGCGAGAAGGCUUUGGCCAUACAUGACGAGGCUAUUACCUUUGCAAGAUACUCCACACGACCAUGGAUUCUUCAGCCGUACACUCUGGAUGAUCUGCACGAAUGUCUGGAUACAUGGACGAAGCUUGUCAAAACGAUCGAGCAGAAAGCUGGCAUCAAGCGCAGCGAAGAAGUCGCCCCAGAGGAUGAAGCGCCGCUGGCUUCGAGGACAGCGCUGAACAUCGCCGAAAUCCCGCGAGGGUUUGCGUAUGAGAUCUUGUCCCACGCUCGACAAUCAGAAGUCUGGUUUGUGGCGCCAGGUUUGCGUUUACCCAAAGUCGAAGAGUUCCUGCAACAGCCAUUCAAGGAUAUUCUAAAACAGUAUCCCGAAGAGACCAGAGGCAUGAAAGUGCCCUUCCUUUUCUUGCGAUGUCCUGGAACAGUCAGCGCGAAAGAAGCCAAGUUCAGAUACCCCUUCUCAACAUUAGAGUCCGUACCCUGCGGACUAUACCUCGAUGCAUUCCCCAACGCACAGAAUCCCUUCGAGGAUGCAUGUCGACUGGUGUUACCCAUUCGACUAAGCGACAAGCGACGCUACGCACGAACGUCAGAUGGACGACUACUGUUCAGAAGUCACAGCGACUUGUAUCAGACAGGUAUCAACCCCUUCGUCAUGCGUCAUGGGCCCAAGCUGGUUGCAGUAUUGGACAAUUGGAGGAGGCAAGUAGAGACUGGACACUGGGGUGUCAACGAGAGGGGUGUUGAGGGUGGGAUUGGCGUGUGGAGGCAGGCCGAGACGAGAGAGCAUUGGUGGCGUUAUCAGAGCGAUUCGCAUUUGUUCAUUUAG